GCCAUUGUGACGUCGCGCCGGCGCCGGCCAAUCGGCGCCCGCCGGCGGCGGCCCCACGUGGGCGCGGCGCUCUCCCAUUGGCCGGCGGCGGCGAGGCCGCCCGGGUUUUGUCGCCCGCCCGCCGCCCCGCUCCGCCCGGGCGCUGUGGCGGCACCGCGUGCUCGGGCGCCGCUGCCCCGCUCCGCGCCCCGCUCCGCGAUGGCUCCCGGAGUUACGGCGAUCCCGGCUGGACGCAGCUGAACGGCCGCCCCCCGGGCGGGGGGACCCGCUCGCACCUCGCUUAUGUCCGCGGCGCCCGGGAAGUCGGAUGUGUACGGCCUUCCUCCCCCUCCUCCUCUCCUCCAUGGCCGUCGUGCUCCGGCUUCUCGGCCUCUCCGGGAGCGCUCCGAGGCCGGCGGGCAGCAGCGGCAGCUCCGCACGUCGCGAUCGCCGUAGCGAGGCUCGGCGCGGCUGCUUCCAGUGACCGCGCCCCAGCCCGGCCAUGUACCCCCAGGGCCGGCACCCGGCUCCGCACCAGCCGGGCCAACCGGGCUUCAAAUUCACCGUGGCCGAGUCCUGCGACCGGAUCAAGGACGAGUUCCAGUUCCUGCAGGCUCAGUACCACAGCCUCAAAGUGGAGUAUGACAAGCUGGCGAACGAGAAGACCGAAAUGCAGCGCCAUUACGUUAUGUACUACGAAAUGUCGUACGGUUUGAAUAUUGAAAUGCACAAACAGACAGAAAUUGCUAAAAGACUGAACACCAUUUUAGCCCAGAUCAUGCCUUUUCUGUCACAAGAGCACCAACAGCAGGUGGCCCAGGCUGUUGAACGUGCCAAGCAAGUGACAAUGACGGAGUUGAAUGCUAUCAUCGGGGUACGUGGACUUCCCAAUCUGCCUCUCACCCAGCAGCAGCUCCAGGCUCAGCACCUCUCGCACGCCGCGCACGGGCCCCCGGUCCAGCUGCCGCCGCACCCCUCGGGGCUCCAGCCGCCCGGGAUCCCGCCCGUCACCGGCACCAGCUCGGGGCUGCUGGCGCUCGGCGCCCUGGGCAGCCAGGCACACCUGGCAGUCAAGGAUGAGAAGAACCACCACGACCUGGACCACAGAGAGCGAGACUCAAGUGCAAAUAAUUCCGUGUCCCCCUCGGAGAGCCUGCGGGCCAGCGAGAAGCACCGGAGCUCCACGGACUACAGCAUGGACUCCAAGAAGCGGAAAGCGGAGGAGAAGGACAGCAUGAGCCGAUAUGACAGCGAUGGUGACAAGAGCGAUGACCUGGUGGUCGACGUCUCCAACGAGGACCCCGCCACCCCCCGGGUGAGCCCGGCCCAUUCCCCCCCGGAGAACGGCCUGGACAAAGCCCGCGGGCUGAAGAAGGGCGACGCUCCCAACAGCCCGGCCUCGGUGGCCUCCUCCAGCAGCACUCCCUCCUCCAAGACCAAGGACCUGGGCCACAACGACAAAUCCUCCACGCCCGGCCUCAAGUCCAACACUCCGACGCCCAGGAACGACGCUCCCACCCCGGGCACCAGCAGCACCCCGGGGCUGCGGCCCAUGCCCGGCAAACCCAGCGGCAUGGACCCCCUGGCCUCGGCCCUGCGGACGCCCAUCUCCAUCGCGGGCUCCUACGCGGCGCCCUUUGCCAUGAUGGGGCACCACGAGAUGAACGGGUCCCUGACCAGCCCCGGCGCCUACGCGGGGCUGCACAACCUCCCCCCGCAGAUGAGCGCGGCCGCCGCCGCCGCCGCCGCCUACGGCCGGUCGCCAAUGGUGAGCUUUGGAGCUGUCGGGUUUGACCCUCACCCACCCAUGCGAGCCCCGGGCCUGCCCUCCAGCCUGGCGUCCAUCCCUGGAGGGAAACCGGCCUACUCGUUCCACGUGAGCGCGGACGGGCAGAUGCAGCCGGUGCCGUUCCCGCACGACGCGCUGGCGGGGCCCGGCAUCCCGCGGCACGCGCGGCAGAUCAACACGCUGAGCCACGGCGAGGUGGUGUGCGCCGUCACCAUCAGCAACCCCACGCGCCACGUCUACACCGGCGGCAAGGGCUGCGUCAAGAUCUGGGACAUCAGCCAGCCCGGCAGCAAGAGCCCCAUCUCCCAGCUGGACUGCCUGAACAGGGAUAACUACAUCCGCUCCUGCAAGCUGCUGCCGGACGGCCGCACGCUGAUCGUGGGGGGCGAGGCCAGCACUCUGACCAUCUGGGACCUGGCGUCGCCCACGCCGCGCAUCAAGGCCGAGCUGACGUCGUCGGCGCCCGCGUGCUACGCGCUGGCCAUCAGCCCCGACGCCAAGGUGUGCUUCUCGUGCUGCAGCGACGGCAACAUCGCCGUCUGGGACCUGCACAACCAGACCCUGGUCAGGCAAUUCCAAGGCCACACGGACGGGGCCAGCUGCAUAGACAUCUCCCACGACGGUACGAAGCUGUGGACGGGGGGCCUGGACAACACGGUGCGCUCCUGGGACCUGCGGGAAGGGCGGCAGCUGCAGCAGCACGACUUCACCUCCCAGAUUUUCUCUCUGGGAUACUGCCCGACGGGCGAGUGGCUGGCGGUGGGCAUGGAGAGCAGCAACGUGGAGGUGCUGCACCACACCAAGCCCGACAAGUACCAGCUGCACCUGCACGAGAGCUGCGUCCUCUCCCUCAAAUUCGCCUACUGCGGGAAGUGGUUUGUGAGCACUGGGAAGGACAACCUGCUCAACGCCUGGAGGACGCCCUACGGAGCCAGCAUCUUCCAGUCCAAGGAAUCCUCGUCCGUGCUGAGCUGCGACAUCUCGGCGGAUGACAAGUACAUCGUCACGGGCUCUGGGGACAAGAAGGCCACGGUCUACGAGGUCAUCUACUGAUCCUGGGAUUUCCAGCACUCGGGAACGCCCCGGGAAUGCCGAGGGGAGGCCCCGGGCCCGGCCCAGCUCCACCGGCACCCGCCACACUCGGAUUUAUUUGGAGAUCUGCAACUCUGGCACACAUGGAAGCCCUAAACGGAUUUUUAUUUGGUUGUAAGGUUUUGGGGUUCCUUUUGAUUUUUUUUUUUUAUUUUUUGGUUUUCCGGUUCUUUCCGUCUGGCUUUGGUGGCACUAUAAAGGACUCCUUUUUUAUUGGGAUUUUUUUUUUUUUUUUGUGCAUCCCGCAUAAGACUUGUGAAAAAUGUAAAUACUGGACUAGGAAAUAGCGUGGGAAGGGGGGACCCUCCCAGUACACUUAGUUGUGUAUUUUUGUCUGCUGUAAUUGUAUUCCACUGAUGGUUUUGGUGGUGGCAAUUUUAUUCUGGGGGUUUUUUGGUUGGUUUUUUUUUUUUUUUUUUUUUUUUGUUGUUGUUGUUGUUUUUGUUUUUUGGGGUUUUUUCCCCCCCCUUUUUCCUUCCCCACUCCGGAAGUGUCCGUGGGGACUUUGCCAUCCAGGCUGAGCAGAGAUGUCCACUGGUGAAAAGUUGUUCCUCCUGUCGUGCGUCGUGUGUUAGUGAUGGUGGGGAAUCGCUCGGAUCCUCAGCUACUGACGGGACAUCAACACAAUCACCUUGGGGUUUGUUUUUUAUAGAUGGAUUUAUGGAUUUAUCCUAUAUUUUUUUUUUUUUUUUUUUUUUUUUUUUCCCGUGCUUGGAUGUUUGAAGAAAAGGGGAAGCCCACGCAAGCCCUUCUUGGUCUUCGGACAGAAGCAAAUGAGGAGUGAUUUCAAAGAAAGCUUAGAAAAAUUCAGCUCAGGGAGCCACGAAAGAUAAUAGCAAACUUAUGUGUUUUGUAUUCAAAUGAAAGUAAAGAAUUAGAAUUGAUAACCUUGAAAAAAAAAAAAAAGACAAAAAAAAAGAAAA